UUCCUGACGUGAUGUAGAAUGAAAACUGAAAGUAUUAGUUCAGUUAGUCUUCAUUUAAAAUCAAUAGUAGUUGACAUACAUCAGCGAUUUCUUACAUUACAACAUAGUCAAUCAAAACCCAGCACAGGUCUGAGGUACAUAUUGACUGAAGUUUUGUUUUGUUCAGCGAGAGAGAAAAAUCGCUCAUGCUUUUGCUUCCCGCCUAAAGCCAGCAAUAUUUGUGUGCUUCACUGACUAAAAGAACCACGAAUCUGAGAAGAACAAAGAUAAACUCUUACUGGAAGGAUUUUCUGAACUGUUUACUUCCGAACUGACGACAGCCCAUCCUGUUUCAGCGUUUCCCAUUGUCAAAAGCAAACAUACUGGAGCUUAAACUGUGAAAAUGGCUUCGCUUUCUAAUGAUUUUUCGUGUCCCGUGUGCUGUGAAAUCUUCAAGGAUCCAGUUUUUCUGUCCUGCAGUCACAGUUUCUGUAAAGAGUGCCUUCAGCAGUACUGGAGAACCAAGAAAACUGAAGAGUGUCCUGUUUGCCGGAGAAGAUCCUCCAGAGAUGAUCCUCCAAUUAAUCUUGUGUUAAGAAACCUGUGUGAGUUGUUCCUGAAGGAGAGAAAUGAGAGAUGUUCAUCGGUAUCUGAGGAGAUCUGCAGUUUACACGGUGAGAAACUCAAACUCUUCUGUCUGGAGGACAAACAGCCUGUGUGUGUGAUGUGUGUUACUUUACAACAACAUGAGAAUCACAAAUUCAAGCCCAUCGAUGAAGCCAUUCCACUGUGUAAGGAGGAGUUCAACGCGGCAGUGACAUCCUUAAAGUGGAAACUUAAACGCAGAGAAAAAAUGAAAGGACAGUUGGAGGAAACGCUUCAACACAUCAAGACUCAAGCCGAGCACACAGAGCGUCAGAUUAAACAUGAGUUUGAGAAGCUUCAUAAGUUUCUCCGAGAUGAAGAAGAAGCUACAAUCACUGCACUGAGGGAGGAAGAGGAGCAGAAGAAGCAGGUGAUGAAGGAGAAGCUGGAGGAGAUGAACACACACAUCUCAGCUCUUUCACACACGAUCAAAGACACAGAGGAGAUGCUGAAAGCCAAUGACGUCUGCUUUCUAAAGGAGUUUCCAGUCUCAAUGGAAAGAGUCCAGAUCUCACAGCCGGAUCCACAGACGCCUUCUGGAGCUUUGAUUAAUGUGUCUCGCUAUUUGGGGAACCUGCCGUUCAGAGUCUGGAAGAACAUGCAGGACAUCGUCCACUAUACUCCUGUGAUUCUGGAUCCAAACACUGCAAAUCCAAGUCUCUUCCUCUCUGAUGAUCUGACCGGAGUGGCAAGAGAUAUGAUUGCAGAACUGGUCCCUGAUAAUCCAGAGAGAUUCGACUAUUAUUACUGUGUUCUGGGUUCAGAGGGGUUCACCUCAGGAACACACUGCUGGGAUGUGGAGGUCAACGAGAGCCCAGGCUGGAGUCUUGGAGUAACUACAGCAUCAAAACAAAGGAAAGGACGCGUUUUCUUCAACACAGAUUUCUGGGGUGUGCAGUGUGGACCGUUUCAGCUGCCUGGCUGUCAGGUUCAGAAGGAUCUCAAGUAUGUGAGAGUUGAUCUGGACUGUGACAGAGGAACAGUGUCUUUCUCUGAUCCUGUAACAAACACACAACUACACACAUUUACACCCACCUUCACCGAGUCUGUCUUUCCAUUCUUCUGCAGUUAUUUUCCUCUGAGGAUCUUACCAUUCAGUAGUAAUCAGAUGUUAGUUGAGUAGGUGGUUAAGUUGUGCAAGGAAUUCUUAGCAAUAGUAAACCUACUCAAGGACUUAGCAAAAAACUGGGUGUUUGUCGCCACUGGCUUGCUUGGUUUGGGAAUUUGUGGAGCUGCACAUCGAUGGAUUUGCUCUUCAGUGUUUGGACUUUCAGCAGUGAAAAUUAAACCACACUGAACUAAACUAAACUUCAACUCUGAAAACUGGACUGACACAGUUUACAUUUACUAGAACUUCUAUGUUAAACUGCUUUGACACGAUCUACAACGUAAAGCGCUUUAGAAAUAAAGAUUAAUUGAAUUUACUAAUUAAUCAUGUAUAAUUUUAAUAUUCUAAGAUGUAUUUAAUAUAACAUGAUUAUGAUAAUAUAAUAUAGUAACCGAAUCUUCUGUUAAAGACAUUAUCUGGACCAUGAUCAUACUGUUUCUUCACUGCAAAAUAUUAAAAGACACAUGAAGCACCUGCGGCUAUUCGGUUUCAUUUUUCUCCAGCACACUAUUAGAUUAAUCGGAGAAAUACAAAUACAUUUAUCAAAGAUCAAGUGCUAAACAACAGGACAAUAAGCAUCCCUAACAGUGACUUCAAAUGUUCCUUUCAAAGAGUUUAACAUUAACAUUUAUGAUUGUGACCUGCUUGGCAUGUUAUUCGCAUCUUUUUAUUUUUUGUCAUAUAAUAGAUGACUUUUUAUGACUUCCUUAUUAGGGCCAGGACACCACAUCCUGUUCCUACAUGUGCGG